AUGUCCGUCACCGCUGCGAAGAGAUCCCUCAGCAGCAGCACCGGCAGGUCCAUCAGUCCGCCUGCGCUGAGGAGGAAAGUUUCACACGCCGCCGAGGACGAUACACACGUGGCCCGCACAUGGCUUGCAAACCCGGACCAUGUGCGAAUCUUCAGUUGGAAUGUCAAUGGCGUCGGGCCACUGCUGCAAAAGCCUCUGUCAUUCGACCCUGGAUCCCUGUCGCCGCUGCGAUCUUUUUUGAAGCGCCAUCGGUGGCCUCAACUGCUGUGUUUGCAAGAAGUCAAGAUCAGCGCCAAAGACGUGGCAACCCAAAGACACCUGCAUCAAGCUGCCAACCACGGUCACGCCGCCGGAGAACCUACGUACACGGUCCAUUUUUCUCUCCCUAGAGACAAGUACAAUGCUACGGGCUUCGGCGGCAAAGUCCAUGGAGUGGCGUCCUUCCUCAGAGAUGACUUUGCUUCGGGCGUUCGUAUUACCCAGCGACCAGGAUGGGAUCUGGAAGGUCGGGUCUUGAUACAUGAACACGAGGUUGGCCUGGUCAUCAUCAACGGGUACUGGGUCAACGGGACUUCUAAUCCCUAUCGAGAUCCUGCAACGGGUCAGAUCUCCGGUACCCGGCACGACCACAAGCUACGUUUUCAUCAACACAUGCUGGAAGAAGUUCUCCAGCACGAAGCAGAGGGUCGCCAUGUCAUUUUGAUUGGGGACAUGAACAUCGCGAGAUCCCGAAUUGACGGCCAUCCAAAUCUACGAACAUCCCCUCGACAACAUGUCGAGAAUCGAGCCGAUUUCAAUGCCAAGUUUUUCGAUGAAGCCAAUGGCAUGCGCGGCAACGACAUCUUCAGGCACAUGCACGGGAACACCAAGAAGUUCACAUAUCACCCGCGUGGAAUUGCCUGGGGCGCGAGUUGUGAUCGAGUAGACCUAAUCAUCGUCAGCCACUCCUUGGUGGACGAUCUGGACGCGGUCACCGGUACCGACAUUCUGGAUUCCGCACCCGAGCGUGGGCAUAGUGAUCAUGUCCCCAUCUGGAUUUCCGUUGAUAUAGCAAAACUGGCACGGAAUCUACAUGACCGACCCCGCGCCCCGGAGAAAGGAUAA